GAGCCUCUUCAUCCUGCGAAGUCGCAGAAGAAAUCCCCGCAGAUCAGGAGGCAAAACUUCUGCGAACUCCAUGUCGUCGUCUUGAUUCACUCCAGAAUCGAAGCAGUCGCGCUCGCAUCGACACCGUCAAGAUGAUGCUCGAUCUCGGUCCCUUCUCGGACGAGAAGUUCGAUCCCAAGAGAUGGAUCAACUCGGCGUGCCAAGCUCGGCACCCUCAGGACUCGCUGGAGAAGCACCUGGUGGAUCUGGAGAUGAAGCUCCAGAUGACGUCGGAGGAGAUCGCGGCGUCGCUUGAGGAGCAGAGCGCCGCCGCCCUCCUCCGCGUGCCCCGCGCCACACGCGACAUCGUCCGCGUCCGCGACGAUGCCGUAUCGCUCCGCCACUCCGUCUCCGGGAUUCUCCAGAAGCUCAAGAAGGCAGAGGGAUCUUCAGCUGAAUCCAUUGCUGCGCUUGCUAAAGUUGACACCGUCAAGCAGAGAAUGGAAGCUGCAUACGAAACAUUGCAGGAUGCUGCUGGUUUAACUCAGUUGAGUUCUACAGUCGAGGAUGUGUUCGCCAGUGGUGAUCUACCUCGAGCUGCAGACACUUUGGCUAACAUGAGACAUUGCUUGUCUGCUGUCGGUGAGGUAGCUGAAUUUGCUAAUGUUAGGAAACAACUUGAGGUUUUAGAAGAUAGGCUGGACAAUAUGGUGCAGCCUCGUCUGACAGAUGCGCUGUCAAACCGCAAGGUUGAGGUUGCUCAAGAUUUGCGAGGCAUCCUCAUUCGCAUUGGGAGAUUUAAGUCCUUAGAGCUUCAAUAUACAAAAGUUCAUAUGAAACCCAUAAAGAAGCUUUGGGAAGACUUUGACUCCAAACAAAGGGCCAAUAAGAUGGCAAAUGAUAAGAAUGAGACAGAAAGGUUUUCCAGCAGUACCAACGUCCAGCAAAGUGUUCGAACAGUUUCACUCUCCAGCUGGUUGCCGAGCUUUUAUGAUGAAUUGCUUCUUUAUCUUGAGCAAGAAUGGAAGUGGUGUAUGCUUGCUUUCCCUGAUGAUUACAAGAGUCUCGUUCCGAAGCUGCUAAUUGAAACAAUGGCAGCUGUGGGGGCAAGCUUCGUUUCUCGAAUCAAUUUUGCAACUGGAGAUGUUGUUCCCGAGACAAAAGCUUUCUCAAAGGGUUUGUUAGAUAUUUUGUCUGGAGACAUGCCAAAGGCUAUAAAGAUUCAACCAAAGCAUCUCGAGGCCCUGAUUGAGUUACACAAUAUAACGGGGAUUUUUGCAAGGAAUAUUCAGCACCUGUUUUCGGAGUCGGAUCUUCGUGUACUGAUGGAUACAAUGAAGGCAGUUUACCUUCCUUACGAAUUGUUUAAACAAAAAUAUGGACAGCUAGAACGUGCUAUACUUUCCAAUCAGAUCUCUGGGGUGGAUUUAAGAGGAGCUGUUGCUCGUGGUGUGGGAGCCCAGGGAGUUGAACUCAGCGAGACAGUUAGGAGGAUGGAGGAGUCCAUUCCCCAAGUUAUUGUAGUUCUUGAAGCAGCUGUAGAAAGGUGCAUCAGCUUUACUGGUGGUUCCGAGGCAGAUGAACUAAUUCUUGCGCUUGAUGACAUCAUGUUACAAUACAUUUCUUCUUUGCAAGAGACACUGAAAUCAUUGAGAGCUGUAUGCGGUGUGGAUUUUGCUGGUGAGGGUGGCUUAAAGAAAGAAAUGGGGUUGGACAAAAAAGAAGCAACUCAAAGUGCAAGAAAGGUCGAAACAACCUCUAAUGAGGAGGAGUGGUCCAUUGUCCAGGGAGCUUUGCAGAUCCUCACUGUAGCAGAUUGUUUGACGAGCAGAUCUUCUGUAUUUGAAGCUUACUUGAGAGCUACUUUGGCUAGGCUGGGCACUAGCUUGUCUGUUGCGGUAUUUGGUUCAAUUUUGGACCAAAACCAGUCACAUUUGGUUAAUGAUGAGGGGAAUGGGGAACGAUCUUUUGUCAGUAGGGCUGCCUUUGAUGUUGCAGCCAUACGACUCAUUGAUGCUCCUGAAAAAGCACGGAAACUUUUCAACCUUUUAGAUCAGUUGAAAGAUCCUCGGUUCCAUGCACUUCCACGUGCAUCUCAGAGAGUUGCGGCAUUCGCUGACACAGUUAAUGAACUUGUCUAUGACGUUCUUAUAUCUAAAGUGAGACAACGGCUCCAUGAUGUGUCUCGGCUGCCAGUAUGGUCCUCAGUUGAAGAACAAAGUGCUUUUCACCUACCAACAUUCAGUUCAUAUCCACAGCCCUAUGUGACAAGUAUUGGUGAAUAUCUUCUUACUUUACCCCAGCAGUUGGAGCCACUUGCAGAGGGUAUCUCCAGUGGUGAUACCAGCAAUGAUGAAGCGCAGUUCUUUGCAACUGAGUGGAUGUUCAAGGUUGCUGAAGGCGCCACAGCCCUUUUCAUGGAGCAGUUACGAGGAAUACAGUAUAUGACAGAUCGUGGAGCACAACAGCUGUCAGUUGACAUCGAGUACUUAAGUAACGUGCUUUCUGCCUUAUCGAUGCCAGUACCUGCUGUGCUCGCUACUUUCCUGACGUGUUUUUCAACCCCAAGAGAUCAGUUGAAAGACCUCUUGAAAUCGGAUUCAGCAAACCAGCUAGACCUUCCGACAGCAAAUCUUGUAUGCAAAAUGCGUCGUGUGAGUUUGGACUAGUUAGAAAGUAAAAUUUUGAAUACAGAGGUGCGGCAUUCGUAUAACAGGGUCACAUUCUGCAGCGAAGAUUUCCAUGUUCCUUUUCAAUUUUGUUUUUCAUACAAAGGUCGUGCUGUAAACUGAAACAUUUCUGGGUUGGUUUGCUUAAUUACCGGGCGGACACCAAUGUCCACGAUUGAGUUUAGAAGGCGGUUUAUUGACAGUCA